UUUGGUUUUUCUCAACAACAAAAAAACGUAAUUUUUGGUUGGGCUGGAUUCUCUCAGAAAGAAUCUGACCAGUAGGUUCGUCGAGGGUGAUUCCUCCCUCCGGCAAACCCUAGUCCCCAAAUCGAAACACCCCAAGCCAUGGCGAAGCGCCGCCUCCUCGGCUCCAGCUCCGUUGGCCGUCCGGGCCACGUCCUCCUUUGCACACGUGGGUGGCACGCUAGCAAGCUGGACGUUGUCCGCUGUAUCACCGCGCGCACCACAACGGAAGCUAUGGGAUCCAUGAAGGUGACAAUCUUCAUCAAAGAUCUGCCAUCGCUCUCCUACUUCCAUGUUAGCUGCCCCGACCUCCAAGAGGACCACUUCACCCAAAGCCCGGAGAUCCUAUGGUCGUCGGAGUACUGCAUCCUCUUCCGUAUGUUCCCCCGUUCCGGCCGACCACAGUUGUUCAUCUGUAGGGACGAACAGCCCGGGUGCAAGCCGUCGCUUGAUCCGCUCCCUCAAGUCGACUCGCAUUUGGCUAGUGAGAGCAUUAGUCCAUACCUCGUCGGCGUCGUUCCCGACUUCGACAGCCAGAACUAUGUCUUGGCCGCUUUCCGAAUGGAUUGUGUUUCACGGAUAUACACACUCCACGUCUUCAGGUCCAAAGGGUCUAUCUGGAGCAAACAUAUUCUUGCCAUCGAUCUUCCUUCCUGGAUAUAUUCGAUUCGUCCAGGGCUUUUUCCAGAUAAGGUGAUUGCCUUGGGUGAAGAGGUGGGCUAUGUCGAUCUCUGGAAAGGGAUUCUCUUGUGCAAUGUGCUCGAAGAACAGGUGACGGCACGUUUCGUUCCAUUGCCUGACCCACUACCAAACAACCUAGAAUACUACGACGAAUUUUCAUCAAUUGAAAUACGCGAUGUCACAUGCACUGAAUCCCCUGAUGGCUUCAUAAUCAGAUGCGUUGAGAUGGAAGAUUUAUUCAGUUCCACAACCACCAUCCCUGAAGCCAAUGUAAUCUUUGAUUCUGAUGUUGAUCCAACCAAGAAGGUGGUAGAACCCGAAUGUGUUGGUUGGAGGCUGGUGACAUGGUAUAGGGAGACCUCUUGGAACUAUUGGUCCAAGGAGCAUAUAGUUAAUGUUGAUGACCUCGGAGCUGACUGGUUGCUUCCUUCUAAUCCAUCGUGCGUGCAAUCUUCUUUUCCCAUCCUGUGUGGAGAUGAUGCAGUUUGCCUCCUUUCCAUGAGUGAUGAUUCAGAUGGUGAUGGUUGGAUUGUCACUAUUGACAUAGAGAGGAAAAAAGUGAGAGGGAUAAUAGAAUCUUCUUGUGACCGAUACAUGCUUUUCAGCUCAGCCAUUUCCUGUGCGCCAAAGAAAUAUCCAGAAAUUAUAGGCCGAUAUUUUUCUUUGGAGGUGGUGAUGCCUUUAAGCUCUGGACAAGGAUCCGCGGGAUGAUUCAAGUUGUGCAGAUAUGCCAUGUUCGUGUUUAAGACUAUCUUUCUUAUCCUAUUAUGUAGUAGAUUCCGUGGGUUGCUCCUUCUAGUUGUCUGAUGGUUUAUGAGUUUAAUUGCAUUACUGUUCAGUACUAUCAUACACAUGUCGCCGGCUUUCUUUUGAUUAGGAGAAAUUGGUCUUAGUGCACAAAAAUCCUGGCUAUGUCGCUAUUAAGGAAUAAGAGAUGAAUAUGUAGUGAUUUCUGCAAUGUGUUCUUAUUCCAUAGUUUUUUUUUUCA